AUGAAAGCUUUGUUACGAUGCUCAAAGUCUCUCUUAAUUGAUCCAACAAGAAGAAACUCUGUACUUGUCUCUGCUUUCUCAAAGUCAUCGAAAUCCAAAACCCGUGACACUAAAUCGAAGAUCCAAGCAGAAGCUACGUCAAUCACCUCACUCUUUAACGAGAUCACAGAGAUUUUAGGAUCACAUGUUGUUCAAUCAGACCAAACUAACCAGCUGAGAGUUCCGGUGUCGGAAGAAUCUAAUGGCGAUGAAGCAUUGGUGUCUUGCACGCAAUGUGUUCGUGAAAAUGCUAGCGUCGGAUUUUCAAAUGUAAAUGAAGAAGCUAACCAAUGUGGUGGUGUUGUUGUUUCUGAAGAGUUCGAUGUCAGUCCUCUUGUUCAUGAGAUUACGAGCGUCAUCAGGGAAGAUGACGAUCUCAUGGCUUCCAUGGAGGACAAGUUAGAGAAACUGAGUCUUCGGUUUGAACCAGAGAUUGUAGAGAAAGUACUCAAGAGGUGCUUUAAAGUUCCUCAUUUAGCUCUGAGGUUCUUUAACUGGGUGAAAGAAAAGGAUAGUUUUUCACAUACAGUAGGUGUUUACAACACUAUACUGAGCAUAGCUGGGGAAGCUAGGGAUCUCGAUAUGGUAGAAGAAUUGGUGAAAGACAUGGAGAAGAACUCGUGUGAUAAAGAUAUUAAGACAUGGACUAUUCUCAUCUCUGUGUACGGUAAAGCGAAAAAGAUUGGCAAAGGGCUGCUUGUUUUUGAGAAAAUGAAGAAAGAUGGUUUCGAACCAGAUGCUGCGGCUUAUAAUAUCAUGAUUAGGUCUCUAUGCAUUGCUGGGAGAGGAGAUCUCGCGCUUGAAUUCUACAAGGAAAUGAUUGAAAAAGGUAUUACUUUUGGCGUGAGAACGUACAAGAUGUUAUUGGACUGUACAGCGAAAACAGAGAAUGUUGAGGUAGUUCAGUCUAUUGCAGACGACAUGGUUAGGAUAUGCGAAGUUUCAGAACACGAUGCGUUUGGUUAUUUGCUCAAGAGUUUUUGUAUCUCUGGAAAGAUUAGAGAGGCGCUGGAGCUGAUUCGGGUGUUGAAGAGCAAGGAAGUGUGUAUUGACGCUAAGUAUUUUGAGAUUUUGGUUAAAGGACUUUGCAGAGCUGAUAGGAUGGUAGAUGCUCUAGAGAUUGUUGAUAUAAUGAAGAAGAGGAACAUGGAUGAUUUGAAUAUCAACGGGAUUAUUAUCAGCGGGUAUCUUAGGCAAAACAAUGUUUCUAAAGCACUUGAACAACUUGAGGCUAUAAGAAACUCGAAGCAUUCACCGAGAGUCUCCACAUAUUCGGAGAUUAUUCAGCAUCUAUUCAAGGAGAAAGAGUUUCAAAAGGGUUAUGAUUUGUUUAAAGAGAUGGCGGAUGAUGGGAUUGAGCCUGACAGCGUGGCUAUCACAGCCGUGGUUGCUGGUUACUUGGGCCAAAACCGAGUAGAUGAGGCGUGGAAGGUGUUUAGCAGCAUGAAGGAAAAGGGGGUUAAACCGACGUGGAAAUCUUAUUCCAUCUUUGUGAAGGAGCUUUGUAAGUUAGCUAAAUAUGAUGAGAUCCUAAAGCUACUUAAUCAGAUGCACGCCUCCAAGAUUGCUAUCAGGGAUGAUAUGUUAUCUUGGGUUAUCUCUUGUAUGGAGAAACAUGGCGAAAAGGAGAAGAUUGAACAAAUCAAAGCGCUUCAGAAAAAAUGCACAUUCCAUACAGAAGAACUAGGGCAAGAAGAGGAGCUUGUUGAUGACUGUAAUCAUCCGCAAGUAGUGCAGCACUCAGCUCUUCCACCAGCUUCAUCUUCUGUUGACAUAUUGGAUGUGCAAGAAAUUUCUCGCAUCUUAUCAUCCUCCCGAGAUUGGGAGAGAACACAAGAAUCUCUAGAGAAAUCGACAGUGAAGUUCACACCAGAACUAGUAGUUGAGGUUCUUCGUAAUGGCAAGAUACAUGGCAACGCUGUUUUACGUUUCUUUUCAUGGGUGGGAAAGAGAAAUGGUUACAAACACAGUUCCGAGGCAUACAACAUGAGCAUCAAGGUAGCAGGGUGUGGAAAAGAUUUCAAGCAGAUGAGAAAUCUGUUUUACGAGAUGAGAAGACAAGGCUGCGUGAUAACACAAGACACAUGGGCAAUCAUGAUAAUGCAGUAUGGUAGAACCGGUCUAACCGAUAUUGCCAUUAGAACAUUCAAGGAAAUGAAAGAUACUGGUCUGUCUCCUAGGCCUUCGACCUUCAAGUGUUUAAUCACAGUGCUUUGCGAGAAGAAAGGCAGGAAUGUCGAAGAAGCCAUCAGAACAUUCCGCGAGAUGAUUCGUUCAGGUUUUGUUCCAGAUAAAGAGUUAGUUGAAGACUACUUGGGAUGCUUAUGUGAAGUCGGUAACACAAAGGAGGCGAAACAUUGUUUGGAUUCUCUAGGAAAGAUAGGUUUCUCAGUCCCUGUGGCUUACUCCAUUUACAUAAGAGCUCUUUGUCGGAUUGGAAAGCUAGAGGAAGCUCUGUCAGAACUAGCCAGUUUUAAAGGAGAGAGGUCUUUACUGGACCAGUUUACUUAUGGAAGCAUUGUUCAUGGUCUAUUACAGAAGGGACAGUUACAAGGAGCAUUGGAUAAAGUGAAUUCCAUGAAGGAAGUAGGAAUAAAACCUGGUGUCCAUGUCUACACAUCUCUGAUUGUUCACUUCUUCAAAGAGAAACAGAUCGACAAGGUACUAGAGACAUGUAAGCAAAUGGAAGAAGAAAGCUGUGAACCAACGGUUGUUACAUAUACAGCAAUGAUAUGUGGGUACAUGACCCUGGGGAAAGCGAAAGAGGCUUGGAAAGUAUUCAAUGAUAUGAAAGAGAAGGGAACUGCACCAGAUUUUAAAACAUACAGUAAGUUCAUAAACUGUUUGUGCCAAGCAGGUGAAUCUGAAGAUGCACUGAGACUUUUGUCUGAGAUGCUGGAUAAGGGUAUUGCUCCAAGCACUGUCAAUUUCCGAACAGUUUUAUAUGGGUUGAACAGAGAAGGCAAACAAGAUCUUGCCCGGAGUGUUUUGCAGAAGAAGUCUGCUUUAAUAGCACAGAGAAAGCUUCAUCAAACCUGUGGCUUUCAAAGGCUUCAACAAAAGAGUCAGACCAUUGCUUCAGUUUCUCUUGUACCUUGACAACAAAACCAGAGUGAUUAAUCAGUGUAGUACAUUCAACCAAUGCCCAAAGCUGCAGAUGCUAAGGUGUUUGAAAAGCUAAAGAAGUUAAACGAAAGACCAAAGCAUCUGAAGGAAAUCAGAUGAAUCAGAAUGUUCAAGGUACCUGAGAUCUGAUCUGGUCUAACUCUUUUGAAUCAUUUGCUUCUGCAAUCGACUCUCGGAGUUCCAUAAUCUGACACCAUAUUUCAUAGAACAAAACUAAGUGAAUGUGUAUACUUGUAACUGAUAAGUGUGUUUGCAGUCGCACAAACAUUUUUUAUGAGUAGAGAUCCAUUUACCUCCAUUAACAAGGUUGGAUCUG